AUGAAAAGUUUAAAAAAUCAUUUUUUCUUAAAAAAAAGUUUUCAAAUUGAUUUUUUAAAACUUAAUAAUUAUUCAGUAUUUAUUAAUAACAAUUACAAUAAAAAUGGUAAUUUUAUAAAUUUAAAACAAUUUUCAACAUCAGAUAAAAAUAAUCAAGACUUAAAUUUAAUAAACAAUGAAGCCAUUCAAUUCCUUUUGCCCAAAGAGAAACCAACUUCAAUUUCAUAUUUUACAGCAAAACCAAAAUAUUAUGAUCUUAUGAUAAGAUUAGAUGAUCUGAUUUUAAAAUACAAUAGACUAUCAAAAAAACCUAUUGUCAAUAAUAAUGAUGUUGUUAUUGAUGUUAAUGAUAAUGUUGGAAUAAUUGGAGAAGUAGUGGGAAAGCAAAAGGAUGGAAAUAACAAUGAUAUAGUAGUUGGUGGCGAGGAAACAAGUUUGUGGAAAAUAAAGGAUCAAUUUAAUUCAGAUUUAGAUUUAGAUUUGAAGAUAAAUGAAUAUCGUACCAUAAUUAAAAAAUUAAAUGAGUUGGACAAAAUUUCAACAAUUAAUAAUAUAACAAGUCUAAAGGAAUUUUUAAGUCUAUUCAAAAGACAUGAUUUUGAAAAAGAAAAAAAAUUAGUGAUAGAGAAGAAGAAUAAACUUGAUUUAUGGGGAAGAAGUUUUUCUGUUGGUAAAAGAAAAACAUCUAGCGCUAAGAUUUGGUUGAUAAAAGGAGAUGGUCUGGUUUAUGUUAAUGGUGUUCCAAUGACAAAUUAUUUUCAAUUAUUAAAAGAUAGAAAUUCAAUCUUGUUUCCUUUCAAAGUGACUGAUCUAAUUGGUAAAUAUAAUGUUUGGGCUAUUGUACGAGGUGGAGGUCAUACAGGUCAAUCUGAAGCAAUUGCUCACGGUAUUACCAAAUCUUUAUUAGUUCAUGAUCCUUCACUUAAACCAAUAUUAAGAAAAGCAAAACUUGUGACAAGAGAUAGGAGAUCAGUUGAAAGAAAGAAACCCGGUAAAGCAAAGGCUAGAAAGAGUUAUACAUGGGUUAAACGUUAA